CAGAGCGGCGCGCCUUGCGCCCGAGGCUCUUUCGCCCAUACUCGCACGAGCGUAUACAUACACCGUCGGCUUCGCUCGCAGCAUAAUUGAAAGCGUACGCGCGUACACGCAUGCACACGGCGCAAGAAAAAUCGCGCGGUCAGCCCGGGUGUGUGAACCCACACCACACGUGGCGAGUAUACUAGUACAUAUGCGAACUGCCCUAUUCGCGGAGCCGUGCUCCUCGGGUCUGGUCAGCCAGCCUGCGCACGCCGUACGCACGGAGGGCAGGGACAGUCGAGCGACGCGCGCAAGCAGCGGUUCAAACACGUGAGAGUGCGAGCGGCUGCGACGACGCGGCGGCAGCGCUGCCUGCCGCUGGGGUCCCUUGUUCCUUCCGGAGCCGGGGUGCUGCGCGCGAACGCCCGCUAUCGAAACACCUGCUGCUGCCGCUGCUGCUGCUGUUAUACUGCUGUUGUGGCGGCAGGCCCGAGCCCGCGUCUAUCGCGCUUGGCUCGAGCGCUCGUGCGGUGAGCGGAGAAGAAGAGACCGCGCUGUGUGUGGUGCCGUCGUGUGCGGUUACGACGGCGACGUCGUCUUAGAAGUGAGCGAGCCGCGUCGGCUCGAUGCGUCGCCCGCGCGAGGGUCCCUCGCCGGCUGUUGGUGCCAGGCAGGCAAGGACGACGACCACGCCAAGAGGAUGUGCGACGCCGACGGCGAAUCGUCGCCCCCUCCGCCGCGGAGACCGCCGCUGUCGCGAGCGCAGUCGAUCGUGGACGAACUGCUGGACGAGAUCAACGUGGGCCUCCACAGGCAGAGGCCCACGCGCCGCUUCAGCGCCGACAGCGACGCCUGCGCUACCGACUGUUCGGUGCUCAGUGCGGCCAGCAUUAGGGCCGAAGUCAGGUGCUACUCGAAGCAGCAGCUCGCGUCCAAAGAUGAGUCCGAGCUCCGGCGGAUCGCGAAGCACCUGCAGGAGGUCAUUGUGAAGCUCAACUCGACGCUGGUGACCCUGCUGCGACAACGAGACCGGCAGCUGACCCGCAGGGGCCACCACUACGACCUCGUCACGGCCGUCCUGCAAGCGGUGUCGCUCAAGAGACGCGUGGACACCCGUAUGCGCUUCAGCCUGGAGCCAGGGCGUGGUGAGUCAGGCUUCGCCCAGUGGAUGGACGCCACGAAAAUCGUCGUUCGGCUACCCGACGGAAUUCCGGCAGAGUUCCGAAAGAAGAUCUGGCUGACGCUAGCCGAGCGCUACCUGGCGAGUCGGGACCUGGACUGGGAGGCCACGGCGCGGUUCUGCUUCAACGAACGCUGCAACCCUGACGACGACAACCUUGGCGUGCAAAUUGUCAAGGACCUCCACCGUACGGGUUGCAGCCUGUUCAGCGGCGAACAAGCGGAGCAGAACCAGGCGCUGCUCAAGCGGGUCUUGCUGGCGUACGCGCGCUGGAACAAGUCUGUGGGUUACUGCCAGGGGUUCAACCUGCUCGCCGCCUUCGUCCUGGAGGUGGUGGAGUGGUGCGACCAGGACGCGCUCAAGAUGAUGAUCUACCUGGUGGAAGGCGUGCUUCCGGAGGGAUACUUCGCCAACAACCUUCGCGGCCUUUCCGUCGACAUGGCCGUGUUUCGCGAGCUGCUCCGGUUACGACACAGUAACUUGGCCACGCAUCUCGACCGGCUUCAAGCAGGGGAGAGCAAGGCCGGUCUGAACUACGAGCCCCCGCUGACGAACGUGUUCACGAUGCAGUGGUUCCUGACGCUGUUCACCACGUGCCUUCCGCGUUCGCUGGUAGUGCGCGUCUGGGACCUCAUCCUGCUGGAGGGUAACGAGGUUCUCCUGCGCACCGCCAUCACCAUCUGGGAGGGGCUUGCAGACCGCAUCAUGACUGUGGGAAGCGCGGACGAGUUCUACAGUGUGAUGGGCGUGCUCACCAGGGAGAUGGUCGAGUUCGGCGUCAAGGACCCCCACGAAUUCAUCGUGGCCAUCUGUGACGUGUCCAGGGUGCCUAUCCCGCAGCUCUCGGAGUUGCGCGACCGCUACACGUACAACAUCAGGCCCCUGCCGCCUGCGACGGCACCGAGUCGCCACGGGCUCUGGCUCUUCCUCGGUGACGACGAGGAUAACGACGCGGACUCGGACCACCAGAUGAUGGUGGCGGCUGCCUUCUGCGGCAUCUCGAACGCCUUCCUCGUGGCUAAGAACAGAGGCCAGGGAGCCGUCCACGCUUCCCUGUCGAGCCCCUUGGACCCGAGCCGAAUGACACUGGACAUCUCGACACUCAAGAGACAGUACUCGAGACUCAGACAGCGGCAACGCCAAGCGCACAUCAUUCUCACAAGCAGCCUCCAGGCUCCCGCAUCGACGCGCCCCCAGAGACUAUCGACCGGUGUUCCUGUAAACAACCUUCUGGCCGGUCAGAAGCCAAUCAUACGCAGGGCACGGCCGCCGCCUCCAACGCACGCUGUGCCUAGUGGCUUGCCGGUCAGCUACACGGCGACGCUGGCGAGUGGUGUCACAUCUACGACACGAGUGUCCCCUCGCCUACCCGUACCGGUCUCGACAACAUCGAGCACAUCGCCUUCGAGCUCACCAGUUGCCAACGCGCGUUCCGCUUCAGCCGCCGCCGCGUGUAAGGCCGCGCGAAAGGCAUCGCCUCGAGUGACCACGAGGGACCCAAUCCCCGUCGAAACGCUUUCGUGGGCGCAAGCGAAAAAGCUAAAGGCUGGUAGAGACGACAGCAGCAGCAGCAGCAGCUCGAGUUCUUCGUCUACAGAACUAUGCGACGACAAGAACAACAGGUCUUCGUCGCCCGACGAAGCGCCUCCCGCCAGGAAGGUAAGCGCCGAGAAACAAGUCAACGACGCCGACUCGAAGGUCCAGCCGUCUUUGCCGGAUAAGAAGCCCCCGCGCCGGUUAAAGAACGGAACUUACGACAAGACUUCCGACAGCUCGUUGUCAUCUUCGUCUUCCUCCGAGGAGGACGAAUGCCGCGACAGGCGGGCCAAGCGUCGCCACGAUGGUCAUGACGCUGAGGGCGCUCAGACGAAGCCUCCGCGACGUUUAGCUGAAGGUUCUAAGCCCGUUGCUGCUGCUGUGACGAGAAAGUCGGGGGCCCGCGCCACCUUGGUGAGGCACCGGGAACCGAUAACUCUAGACGAUGACGACGACGGUUCCUACAAACCGGACGACGAGAGCGACGGCUCAAGAAACUCCUCAUCGGACAGCUUGUCAUCAGAAGAAGGGGAGGAGGAGCAACCUUCCUCGAAGCUGGAAACUGUCAGUUCUUUAGCAGAGGUGUCGUCUGCGGUAGAUGACUCGUCGCACUCUUUAGAAGGGGAACAUCCCCAAAAGCAGGCCCCCGACUCCCUAAGCUCGGAGACAGAAAGCUCGAGAAACACGUUUUCCAACAUGGUGCUCUCCGGUUCGGACAAGUACAACAUUAGGACGUCUUCCGAGGCGUCGAGCUGGAAAUCUUCAAGUGACGCCUGUCUAACGACGUCCUCGUCGAGCGGACCGCCUCCGCCGUCGGAAGACGGCAGCCGGAAACCAUCUGACGAACGGGCAAAUAACUGCAAAAUUUCAGAUGAAGAGUUCCAGAGGCUGUCCAGAAAGUUCAGCCAGUCGGCGCUGUCCGAUAGGCAGGCUCAGCGAAUGGCAUUGCGAAACACCAGCCGACGAGGAACUGACGAACUGGGUACCCAGCGGCUCUCGCCAAACAUUGACAGGUCCUCCUCAGAGGACGUGGACAGGAAGCUCUCGCUAGGGUCUCCGCCGCGGUGGCCACCGAAGCGCACCAACACCUCGGACGAAACCAGCGGCGACUCGCCUUCAACGGAACUGGACAGGUUUCGCAGGGACUCCAGCAAACGGGGUUCGGCUAGCAGCGAGGUUAGCGUGUCCUCGCGGGAACUGAGAAAGUGGUCUUACUACAGGUACGACAGCAGGAACACCUCUAACGACGUCAGCUGGAGAUCGUCUGACACCGACUACCAACAGUCGUCACUUCGUUACGAGAGGUCCAUCUCGGAAGAGGCUGACGAUGGCGAUGCAGCAGCUGGAGACGGCAUACCUCCCCGACCUCGCUUAUUGAGAGACGACAGGACGUGCUCUUUCAGGGCCAGCCAGGAAUCUAUCGAUAGCCGGCUGCUGCCCUACGACUCGUCGUCAGGCCGAGAGUCGAUAUUUCCCGGGGAGAAGCGACGCGGCUCAUCGCUCACCUGCAACACGCUCACAACGCUGAAUGAAAUGACGUUCGAGAAAGCCGACGAGGACCUCAGUCAGGAAGCCAGCCAGGAAGCCAGCCAAGAGGUGAGCCAAGACUAUGUUAAGUACAGCGAAUCGAGUACUUCGAGCUCGCACCUAAUGUCUCCCAACAAGGAACUUCGAAGAUCGGCAUUUUUGCUGGGACAGAAGGUGUCCCCGGACUCUGGCGUGCACACUGUGGCCGACAGCGAGAGCAAAGCGGCCGUGGACGAGGCUUCCGGGGACCACGACUCGGCGCAAGCGCCUUCCGGAUAUCCGCGGUCUCCCGAAGGCGUGCCCCGCAAGUCCUCGCUCAAGUUCGACGCCUCCAAGUUCUUCGAGAGUCUGGCUCACGCGACAUCGUCGACGCGAAGUGCCCGUUGUGCGUCCGAGGGCUCAGCGACGGCGCUGGGAUCGCACUCCGGCGAAGAAUCAGCUAGGCCUAAGACCGCUCGGUCACUGAGCACAGACGCGACCAUGAUGACUUCGGGACAGUCCUCUGGCUCGGGUGAGGUCGGCGGCGACGGGACUACGGCGUCGCUUCCGUCGAUUCGGCGGCAGAGAUUUCUUUCGGGCGACGUCGGCGACACGAGGGUAACCCCUCCUACGUCACCGAGGCGUUCGCUGGGCGAGAACUACAACCCGUUCCCCACGCGAAGACCCUCGUUCACGGGCUGCAUCAGCGACUUCAAGGUGAAGUUGGGAUUGUACUCUUCGCAGGACAAGCCGCCAAUGGCCCCGGCUUCAAAUGGUUGUAAGACGACUUCCGUGAAGAGGUAACCAACAGCCGAAGAUGCAUCCCGUUUUAUAGGUCGUCGGGUACCGAGCGCGCGAGGUUACGCGCGGAAGUGAGCCUUCGGCUGUCAUGUGCCGCGCUGACCUGUCUCUUAUCAUACUGCCGUGUGGGAUCCUCUUACGCUAAGACGCUGUGGGCAACACAAGAAGAAAAAAAAAUGCUUCUGCUGAGAACUUCACAACGAAGUUUUGGCUGCAGUGCCUGGACGUGUUUACAGGGAUGCCUGAUUACCUGUGCCCCACCUUCUGUCUGUUACCGCGUCCCUCAUUUUUGUUGCUGUUCUCCUUCGUGUUGCGUCUGCGAAAAUGUUGGCGGGAUGUCUCGCAUGGAGUGAAAUUAUCAUUGCCGACGAAUGACGUGGCAGCCGUUCUCAUUGAGUGCUUCGAGUUCAAUCGCCAACGCUGACCGGGCCACCUCGCUCCGAAUAAGUUCUCAACUAUCUACACUUCCGAACUGCUAUUCCACAUUGAUUAUUGACUUUUCUAGAAAUCUUUCAGCUGAUCGCUGGCUUCUUUUUUUUAAUAUUCUAUUUGUGCGAUGGAUGGCACAACGUUAGGCUGUUAAGGAUGUCGGAUGGCUUCACUGGGGCAGCGGAUCGCCAUUAUCUUUGUUGAUAGCCCAUUAUUAAUAGCAUGGUAUACGUUCGCUGUGACAUUUUAAGUAAUGUGCGCCCGCAGAACUCUGCCUCCAAAUACGUCACAGACGCCAACGGCACGCCGAGGUCGUGUUGCCUAACCAACCGAUUGCUGUCAUAGGACGAACGCAACGCGUUAACGCGGUUCAGCGUCAUAGAAAAUAUCUGUCAAUUACUGAGUAAAAGAAAGAACAAGGUUAGGAACGUUUUGGAAGUUUUGAGUGACAUGGACUCGUGAACAGUGCAUAUUUAAAUAUUUAUUAUACUUCAAGUCUUCUGACAGGUGAAUGACAAGAUGAGAAAGUGCCAGCCGCAAGAAGACGUCGAAAAUAGCGGGGGCGGAGGAGGGGGGAGGGGUAAGGUUAAGGAAUGGUGGGGUUUAAUCUGCCAUAAUCGUGUACUGAUUAUUGAAUUGAGGAAAAGGCUGAACGAAUGUCUGUAUCCCAAUGAAAGCAAUUCAUAGCAUUUCUGAUGUGAUACGCAUUCAUAAUUCAUAUUGUGACAUACUUUGCCGAACUUUUACAAAUCAACAAAUGUAAAGACCCGCAAUUGAGUUUUGUUUUUAUUUUUUAUUGUUAAUUUUUUUAUUUUAUUUUUCAUUCCUCUUGUUCGUUUUCAACAACUUUCUAAGCUAUUAAGUGGGUUUUAGGAACCUUCAUGUGGCAAAUGAAUUAUGCAGGAGGCAGUUUCAUCACAGUAACGUGCUGCACUCUUAUGAAAUAAUUUGCGCUUACUAAAAUUAAUCCUUAGCCCUUUUUCGGGGUAUGUUCACCGACAGUGUGGGUUCGAAAUAUUGGUGGUCUUAGUCGUGGGUUUAAAGGAAUUCCUGUGUCACAUAGACGGAAUCUGUCGAGCGUGCGCUUUGGUAUUUGGAGACGACGAUUGUAGGCCACGAACACGCACACCGUAUCGCAAAGGUGGAGGCCAGCUGGCGACUGCCAACGGUGAUCACCGGCCUUUACAUUCUUGAAAUAAGGCGUACUUAAGGGUGAGUGGCUUCUGUAAGAAUUCAAAAUUCAGUCCUCUGGUAGCUAAGUAACCUCUUCGCCGGCGCUGCUAGACAUGUUGUUUCUGGCAUGCACUUAGGCUGCCUGUGUAUGGCUACUGGUAUGACAUUGUGGACUUUAAUUCUGUGUCUCUUCGUUACUCACCGCAAGGUUAAUGCAUACAAUUUUUAUGCCAGCUUCGUCGCUACUCCAUCUGUGCUCUUUAAGCAAGCCUCUUGUAAGAAAUCGCUCUUCCACACUUCCAAGGAUCGCUUCCAAGGAUCGCUUAGUGAUGGCGUUCUUGAAUGUGGCAAAUUAGUGUUUGUUUGCAUAUUUAUAAACGCACGUUUUCCAGGUGUAUUGAAAUUCGUAAUGAGGUACCGAGCAGUUGAUCCAGAUUCUAACGAGCGAUUAUGCGUUUAAUUAGGUGCAACCGGUACACGCUGCUUUCAAACGAGGAUACAUGGGCCACCUGCGUCGGUAGUAACGAUUUGUGCUUGGCCCUGUGAGCACAGUCGAGGAAGCGCCUCACGUUAUUUGUUUUUUCUGUUGUCGUAUUCUCCGCACAUUUCAUUCUUGAUGCUAUGCAACUGCUCGUUGAAAGACUAAAGUAACUUUGUGGUACGUGUGUCCCAGAGGGGUCAUGCCGUCAGGUUUAUUUCAGGCUAGAUUUAUAGACUACAUUAUCGGAAUUCGUUCGACGUUUCUUCGGAAGAAAGAGAUUACUUAUUAGAUGAGAAUAAGCAGAGCUGAAUACCAUGUUUCAUUUUAUGAACCUUUCGGACGUCCAUGUCGUGGCAGGGAUGACGUCAUGCUGUGACGUCACAGAUUUUGCCACGUGAGAAUUCUGACUUUUUUUAUGCAAUGGAAAAAUGAUUCGUUCUGUAAAUUUUUCUCGUAGAAUAGAAUUUCGUUCUUUUCAAUAAAAUAAAUUGCUCAGUCUCGUUCGGUAGCUUUUACAAUCUAUAAAGUCACGGUUCCUGACAAUGAGAGUCACGUCGCCACAGGCGCUUCACUUUUACAUAAGUGGCAUAGGAAGUCAGUACUUUCCAUACGAGACAUGUGCUUUCGUAGGGCGUAUAUGCCUAGACGGCGUCGGCGACAGACGACGAAUUCUUCGCAAAUGUUGCUUCUGACACUAAAGCACUGACGACAUGGCUACGUACCGUGUACUGUGAUGCAGCUGGAAUGGCGUCAUCGUAUUCAUUCGCGAAGUCGCCUAUCCGGAGCAAAAAUGCACGCCAUAAGCGGCCCAGCCAUUUCAUUUUUUCGUAGCCACCAACCGAAGCCUUCACUGGCGCCACAAUAUGUUGCGUAUUACAUCGUCGUUACACUGCAACCAAUGUUACGCUGCACCCGUCAACGUAUUGAGAUUCCGCUGUACGAUUCACGAGCUCCGCCAUUUUUGUUACUGCUGAUGAGUUUAUAGCGUUCGUUGGGCGCCUACUUGGGCCGAACAUUUUCCUUUCCAGCUGUUAUUCUUGUGUCGGUUCUUUUGUAUCGUAUCGAAAAAUUCACUUAUGUCGCUUUUACGUCACGGUCAAAAGUAAAAAAAAAAGCGAUCAUUAUGUGUGACAUCUGCGCCCACUAGCAGUUUAUUCUGCCGCAUUAUCACCAGUAUUCAUGAGGAAGACCGUGUCUUCUUUCCAUGCUUUUUACGUUGUGCGAUAACCAGCACUUACUUCUUCUUUUCAUUCUUCCUCGUCUUUAUUCUUCUUUGUUUUUGGUUUUUUUUUUCCUAUUCUUACCACCAGGCAUCGAGAUGCCGCGUGCAGAGUCAGGAGUGUACACACUUUUGAGGCCAGAUUGGCGCUUCAACACUUUCUCUCAAUGUGAUACGACACAAGUCUAUUCGCUUCUCUUUCUCUCUCUUUCUCUCUCUCUUGCGUCGCCCAUGCACUGUCGCUAUAUUUCCCUCUCCCCAGACGUCCCUCUACAGCUAACGUAUAUCGCGAGUCGCCUUGAAAAAAAAAAAAAAAAAAACGUAGCGCGUAGCGUGUUUUCAGGACGUCCUUCUAACGGCGCAUUGAAGAGAAGAAAUAAAAAUGCCUUGUGUGUAUCGCUCUCGCUAGUGCAACCUGCUCCAGCAAGCUUUCCUCUAUAAUUAGACAACAUUUAUAUGCUAAAUUCGAAAAAAAACUUUGAAACACGUCUAUUCAAAACCAUUGUGGCAUGGUUUAAUGACCACAAUGAACGAUGAGUGGAAACGUCUGGCGUUCGACGGCCAGCGCGAGCUCUGGCGUCGACCGAAGUGUUGUCGGUGCGGCCAAAGCUCACGCGCCAGUCUUCUUUGCCACACUAUCCUGAUUCUUCUGGAAAAAAGACACAAAAAAAAGAAGUCGGUGAAGUCGUUAUCCAUGGCUGCCGCUUAACUGUUCGCAAUGCUUAGUGCUGAAAUUAUUGCGGGAUGGCGUAAAGCCGCUUGAACUAUACGGGGGCUCGUUUUCCACCUGUUCGAGCUGAUUUUCGUAGGGUAGCUAACCGGAUGCUAUUCUGGUUAACCUCUCUACCUUCUGCCUUUCUCUUUCUCUUUCUUCCUCUCCUCUCGAGAAGAUUUCGGUGUACACGUGAAGCGAGCGCACGAUUCUCCCAGAGAGGUUCUCGCAUAUAUCAUUGCGCUAGUGUAAAAUAUUGGUUAGGAAUGGAGCCGCUUUUUUUUUUAUUUGCAUUCUGUGUCAGAGCAAGACGCUCGCUAUCCUAUCAGCGACAUCCAGGCGAAUGCGAGCAUGUGUCUCAGUGACUGGCGACCAGUAGACCGCUCUCCAGGAUAUUGCCUUGGUUCAGCUGGCUAGUUAUGUUUGCAUGCAACAGAGAGAAAUUCAGUUAAGAUGCAGCUUUGGGGAGAGUUUAUUCUGUAUUUUGGUAAGCCAUGGCAUUAUAACUAUAGACAGAGGGCGUGGGUAUUUGUCUGUUGUGGUUUAUUACAUGAUGAGAGCUUCGGAAAAAUAGGCCACAGAACGGCGGGUUAUCACGAUCAUCAAAAAUAGAUUCCAGCGACUAAGGAAUCUAGGAAAAGAAAGAAAACAAGAGAAACCGUCUUAGCGCUUACUCUAGGUUAAUCCAAGCAAAUAUAGUUACUGUAUUUAGCAGACAGACACCGUAGUGGUGUACUCCGGAACAAUUUCGACCUAGGAUAUCUGUGUUUAUAGGCACUGGUUUAUCAUAAGGACGAAAUUAGCGCAUGCUUAUCACUCGAUAGUAAUCGCAAGCUGCGCGAUCGCUUGACAUGCGCUGAUAAAGAACCGAUAACUGCCCCGCCUAUUCCCUUUGUACGUAUCCACUCCUUUUCUCUCUGUUUUCUCUUCUUUAUCGCUGCAUUUUGCUGGAAUACACUGACAUUUGCCGCAUGAUGUCGAGAACCCCUCGACCUGGCACCAUAAAAAAGUAAGCACGGAUAGAAGCAAAUGCAAGCGUUGCGGCAUCCUUAGUAAAACACAAUGCGCUGGAAAAUUCGUUUUGUCGACCAUGUGCAUUUAGCGUUGCCUCUGGCUUACUCGUACUGGUUCAAGUGAUCUUGCGUUUACGGUCUAGGCGUGACCGUGCAUGCAGAACCCAUAAAUAGGCUUACCACAUCUACGGAGUUUAUCUGGUUGCUGCGCUUCCCGCCUUCGUAUGUUGCGCGCCAAGUGAGUUUGAAUUUUGGAACCGUCUACGACUGGCGCCUGACUUUAUUCCACGCCCGUCUAUAGCGUGUGACCUCACGAGAGUGAUGUACUCAUUGCAUUUCUGUCUUUCGCCCGCUGUGGAGAUGUGUCCGCCAUAUUUGUUUACACGUGCGUGAGCUCGCAUAACCUCGACCAGGAGCCGCGGCAUCUCGCAUUCUCUCGUCUUCUAGCAGCCGUGUCCCCGUAUGUAUGCUCUCCUUGCGGAUAUUGUAUGGAGAUUGCCUCGUAGUGCAGCGAGCGCACAUGCUGGGAAAAAAAAGAAAGAAAUUGUCUACGUGGUGUAUGGUGUAAAUAUAGCGUAUAUAUUUGUACAUAGCCAUAUACAUAUAUUCUAUUUUUCUUGUGCUUCGUUCGCUAUACUGUACAUAAACACGCUCCUAAUGAAACUGAUGUAAAUUGAGAGAAGUUGGUUUGCGUAAAAAGGCGAAUAAACCUGCCACAUUUU